UAACAGGUUUCAUUCGACACGGGCGAAGCAAGCAGGAGCUACCAAGGUUUGUGUUAAGCUUUUGUGCAGUCGAAUUCAUAAGAAUACGGGAUGAAGAUGAAGGUGAUGGCAAUUCUUCUGUUUGUAUUCGCACUUAACAUGUUAGAAGUGCAAUGCCAGGACGCAAUGAUGAACUAUUUGCUCAUGAGUAGACUUAUGGGCGGCAAUAGCGGAAGCGGAGGCGGAAGGAGCAGUACCGCCGGGCAGACCCAGGCUGCUUCUUCAAAUCCACUUAUGGGUUUAAUGUCUACGUCGGGAGCUGGCGGUAUGAGCGGCAUGCCCAUGAUGGCUGCGAUGGGAGGUGGCAUGAUGGGAGAUUCAUUCAUGCAAAUGAUGAUGUGUCGAAGCCUUCCUCCUCAGUUAAGUAAUUUCUGUAUGAUGGAAGCCAUGGCUUAGGACCAGUCCUCCACUGACUCUACCGGACUUGGACGAGCGUUAUACGUCUAGGCCUGGGUAUGGCUGACUUCUUCAGGGAGAUUGCCUAUCACAAACUGACAUUUAGCCAAAGCAUCGCCGCCAAAUUACUUUUUUUCCCACGAAUUUUUCACCAAUCAAAGGCGUACAGGUGUGCAUAUGAAAUCUUUGCAAUGGCAUAAACGUUUGUGAGAAGACUUUAUCUCGACGGAUUUUGGAUAUUUAAAAAACGAUAUAAAACAUAUUUGCUUAGAAAAACAUAUUUGCUUAACAAUAACAAUGCUAAAAAAACUCUUAUAACAAAGAUAAAAUGUCUUGGGUUUAAGCCCUGCACAUUUGUUUGUACAAUUACCGUGUAAACAUUAGAUUAUUUAUGGUAUUAAUAAUCACAACAUAUUUUCAACGCCAUGUUAGUGAUAGACUUUAUUUUCUAGUUAUCAAAAAAAGCUUAAGAAGCUCUUUUUAUUUUCACAUUAUCAAAUAAAAGCGCUAUAAACUC